AAAGAGAACCGAAACACUAUGAUAAAUAGACGAAACUCAAAGAAAGGCAGAAUAAAACAGGUACGCAGGUGGGGACCGCGAGGAGGUCGUGCAUGGAACCAGUCGACGUAAGGGCAGCGAAGGGAAAGGACGUGUGUCGUUUGCUCUCUCUGGUCAGCAAGAUGAAUGCGAGGGGCGUUGUGGUGGCGAUGGCCGUGGCUGCGGCGCUGGUAGCCGUGUGCAGCGGCCAGAUCAACCGGUGUUUCCCCGGCGAGAAGCUCGAGUUCGCCGAAGCGGAGUUUUCCGGUCGCGUCGAGAUCUUCGGGCUGAGCCUCUUCCAGCAGCUGAGCCAGUCCGUGCAGGGGAAUCUCUUCAUUUCCCCGUACAGCAUCUGGAGCGCGCUCACCCUCGCCUACUUCGGGUCCGAGGGCAACACGAGGGAGCAGUUGGAGAGCGCUCUUAAUCUGAAGAGCAAGACCCACACUUACUUCAACUGGGGCGGCCUGCGAUUGUUACUCCUCAGAGCGCCCGAAGGUGAAGGAGUGACCUUCAACAGCCUGAACAGAGCAUACAUGAACGAAAGACUGAACCUGAACCGCUGCGUUUCCAACAUCCUUCCCGACCUUCAGCUAAUGGACUUCAGCCGCCCCAGCGUUGCCGUCGAGACCAUCAACAACGACGUGAGCGUAGCAACAGAGGGCAGGAUCCAGAAUUUCAUCCAGAACCUCCUUCCUAAUACCAACUUUGUGCUCAUCAACGCCGUGUUCUUCAAGGGUCUCUGGCAGUCGCAAUUCGAGGUCGAACAAACCCGCACGCAGGAAUUCCUUAUUCCACCUGGGAGGUCUGGCGGAAAUGUCCAGAUGAUGUCUCAGUCAGGCAGAUUCAAUUACGGUAACGUGCCGUCCCUGGAAGCCAAAAUCUUGGAACUGCCCUACGAGAACUCCAGUGUCUCCAUGUUCAUCCUACUGCCUAAUGACAUCAGCACGGACUCCAUAACCUAUGACACUACGAAUCAGGUUUUCUCCAACCAUAUGGUCUCUUUAGAACCCAUAUGGAUGACCCAACGUGAAUCCAUGAGCCUCGAGAGCUUGGGCAUCGUUGACCUGUUCAUGCCCGGAGUCGCCAACCUGACAGCCUUUGACCGCUUCGCCAGCCUGAAUGUGGACGAAGCCAUCCACCAGGCGACGGUCGAAGUCAAUGAGGAGGGCACGGUCGCCACGGCAGCCACAGGACUGAUCAACACGAGAGUGGGCAUCGGGCACAAGUCGUUCGUGUGCAACCGGCCGUUCGUUUUCCUCAUCUACAACAAGGUUCUCGGAGUAACACUCUUCGCUGGACGGUUCUCCACGCCUACGUAGUGAGGACGAAGACAGGCUACGAAGAUCAGGGAAUGAAGAGAAAAUAUAAACAGCGAGUGAGAAAAGAAGUGACGGCCUUUUUUGGGUGGUGGUUGGAAUGACAUGUCUUGUCAGAAGGAAAUUUAAAUGUGUUACAUGCAGAAAAGAACAUUUUGAAUAACUAGCACACAGAGAGAAAUCAUUUGAGGGUCAAAUUUUCAGACAUUGAACAGAGUAAAGCGAAGUAUUAUAUGCACUAAAGAACAUUCCGAAUACAUAACAUCAUAGAAAGAAACAUCGAAUUACAAAAUUUUAGAUACGUUUAAAAGUGUCAUGUGUGAAAAAUUGAAUUAUGAGGUGAUAUCUGUGCAAAAAUGCAAUAUAUUUGUAUUUGUAAUGUGCUCUUUAUCAUUAAACCCUCUGCCAUAAAGAAAUGCAAGGAAAUAUCAUUUAUACAAUGUGUGGAAUAGGUAAUUUAUGCCUCUGAAUAUUUAUCAGUACUGGAACUUAUGUAAAAUAUAAGUAUUUUUAUUCUCA